UUGGCCGCGAGGUUUUACUUCCGGUUGCUAGCGCUAGGCGGCGAGAAAGUCGACACGUUCCAUCUGGCUGCCGCGCUUCUCAGGCUGUUUGUCGCCGGUGACUCUGAGGUGAGACGGGACGACGGGCCAGGUGCUAGGCUGGGAGCGCUGCAUUCGCCCGGGAGGGGCUGCCGCGGAGAGGACCCGAGACGGGCCUCCCUCUCUGUGCACUUCGUUGCCGCCAGGUCCGGGGCUGAGGAGCGGCCAGUCAGGAAAAGCGAGGGAAGCACCCUGCGCGGCGGUCUCAAGUCCUUAGCGACAGCAUUACCUCUAUGAACUUUCAAGCGGCACUGUUGUUUUCUGACCCAGCCAGAUCUCACCUUAUAUAAUUGUAGCGUUUCAGUACAAGGAACCUUAGAAGAUGGAAACACCAGCUCAUAAAAGCUUACAUGAAGACAAUAAAAAUGUUCUCAUGUCUCCAUGGAAAGGAAAAUUAACUAUUAAAAAUUGUGUGCUGUGUGAUAUAACUCUGUGGUCCACUAGUGGUACAGUAAUUCCAGCACAGUUACCACACAUACUAGAUUUUAGGUAUGUAAUACAAGUGUCAUCUUUGAAAGAAAAACUGCCAGAAGCUGCUUUGAGAAAACAGAUUUACUUGGAAGAAAGAGUCUGUUCCCAAGAUGUGUGCUUCAAUUUCUAUGAAGUGGAAUUGUCAAACAAACAAAGGAAAGAAAUAGAUAAAUUAAUAGAAUACGUGGAAAACAAGCAAUUGGCAAUCAUCAAAUGCUUAGAAGAUCGAGGACUUUUCAUUUUACUUUCAUCAUCAGCCUUAAGACCAGAGCCAGGUAUUGGAGAUGAACAGAUGGGUCUACGUGCGCUACAUUUAUUCCGUUCACCCCUGGCCACAGAGGUGAAAGUUUUGAAAACUGAAGAUGACAUCUCAUGGAAGCUGGCUCCCAUUUUACCUGGCCUUAAUUAUGCCCUUCUAGAAGCAAAGAAAUUCCUUCCUGAAGAAAGAACUCAUCCAAAUGUAUUAGUAAAGCAUAAUUUCCAAGAAUUGUUAAAGGUGCACAAAAGCCUUUCAUUGACUGCUGGUCCUCAGAAUGGAGAGACAGAGACUACAUUCUGUGAGGAAGUAUCCAGUAGAUUUGAUACAGUUUUUCCAACUGAAAAGUGCUCUGCCGAAUCUUUAACUCAGUUGAAGUCUUAUUUUUCAGAUUCUAGUGGUUAUACUUUGGAAGUAUCUACUGCAUUGAAUUUGUUAGCAGAACAUCCUCCAUCUCCUUAUAUUUCAGAUGGAAUUUGUGAUGCUGGAUUUUCUUUAGUUAUGACUCCAGAUCCUGAAUUUCUUGAUUCAGAGCCAGAAGUAAGAAAAACACCUCGAACAGAAAAAAAUUCUGAAGAAAUGUUUAAAUCUAAGAAGGCAGCUGUGGUUCCAUUGAGUGCAGCAUCAAAUCUGAGAAUACAGCCAAAGAGAAAGGCCAGCAUGCUGCCCAUAUUGCCUAGUAAAAGGGCAAACUUAUGCCGCCCAUUUGCCAAAAGAACUACACCUGGAACAGACCGAAGGUCCUACUCUCCACCAACUCUAAAGUUAGUCAAAGGACAGUUUCCUCAGAAAAGAAAAAGAGGUGCGGAAGUGUUGACUGCACAGUUUGUACAGAAAUCCAAAUUGAAUAGAAAAAACCAAGAAGUUCCUAUUUCUAAAGAUGUUCCAGUGGCAACAAAUGCUAAAAGGGCGAAGAAACAAGAAAAAUCUCCAGUGAAAACUGUUCGAAGGGCUAAGCCACCUAUGAAGAAAUCUCCGCAAAAACAAAGAGUAAACAUAGUAAAAGGCAAUGAGAAUCCCAGAAUAAAAAAGCAGCUACAACCUGCCAAAGAAGAAACUGCUUUACAGCUUCAAUCAGGAAUUUCAUCAGAUGGUCAAAAAGAUGGAAUUAACAUAAAUACAGCUCAACCACAAAGUACCACAGUGACUCAAAAAGAUCUUCCUGGAAACUCCAUUAUCAACUAUGACUCCCAGGCCCUAAAUAUGUUAGCUGAUCUAGCAUUAAGCUCUGCUGCCUCUCCCACACCAUUACAUGAGGCUAGAAACCUUCCCUGCUCCUCUGAAUUGCCACAAAAUGAUGCUUUACUCUCCAAAGACAGUUCACUGAGUGGUACUUCUGACCAUGAAUAUCAUAGGGGAGUUAAAAGUCAAAAAGGUAUACUAUUACCUAAAUCAUCCUGUGAUCAGAAGAAUAAUUCAGGGUCAGAUUCAACUGUUAGCCAAGAAGAAAACUCCGUUUCUUGUAGUCAGAUACCUGCUAAUGCCCAUUCAGCACUCCAUAAGGAAACAUUACAACCAAUGUUGCAAUUCGGUGCAAGCCAAAACACUCUUAUUAUUGUGGAACAUUCAUAUGCCUUGCUUCUUGGAGAACACUCAAAGAAACAUCUACAGCAGAGAGGGUUGCCAGGCCCUGCUUUUACCAAGAAUGGAAUAAAAGGCCCUGACACCAGAACUCCAGUGGGGAAAGUCAUGCCAUUUCGGCAUCUGCAGCACACCUCCCCUCUACAAAAGCUUUCUGAGGAUUCAUUGGUAAAGCGCAGAAGUCGAUUUGUAUCUUCCAACCUUAAAAAUAUUUUUUGCUCCCACGUAGUAGUUAGUCGUGAUGGGUCCAUUAAGAUCACUUUCAAAUGUGAAACAGAGUAUGCGUUCAACUUAGAUAGCAGAUACACGAACAACCCUCUGGAGAAAACUGUUGUAAGAGCACUGCACGGGCCCUGGAACAUCAAUUUACCUGAGAAUGUGGAAGAAACAAAGCUUGUACUUCAUAUGUGGGUAGCUCUAUUGCGCAGAAAUCGCAAUGAAGUCAUACAGUCAUCCCGAAAAGUGGUAGAACACAGCAACCCUGCAAAAUAUGUGUCUCUAAAUAGCACAUUAGAAUGUUUUGAACUCACUGAAAUUGAGGAAUCCUCCAGUGUGGAAAGAUGUUUGGUAGACCCUCUAUUGGAGACUAAUGAAAUGUCCAGAGGUCAUGGUGAUGAAGUAUCCUUCCGUGGUCCCAACUCCUUGCUGCCUCUCAUUAAACUUCCAUCUUCCAGAGCAUUGGAACUCUGUGUACACAAUGAACAAAAGGAAACUUUUGCAACAGAGUAUCAUGCAGAUAGCUCAGAGAGUCAGAAUUUCAUCUGUUCUUGUAAUAAUGAGAUAAUUGGAGGGAAAGCUAAGGAAGAAUCUACAGAUAAACUAGAAGCUUCUAAUCUACUUUCUGUUACUGGAAAUACUCAAACUAAUGGACCUUUUAUUUCUGAUGAAGAUAAAUCUUUUCAGUCACUUGAUAGCAAAAGAAUGAUUUCUUAUAACACUGGCACACAACCCACAUUCACCAAGACUUACAGUGAGUCCAGCAGUCAGCCAGAGAUGUGUAGAAAGUCUGUUUACAGCCAUCUUGAAAGCAGAGUUGAUAAUUUGCGUUCAGCAGUGCAGACAAACACAAGUGCAUUAAAGGAUGUUAUCCAGCAUCGCAGCCCUGUGCACAGUGAAUGCCAGUCCUCCUUGGAAAGUACAGAUGAUAAUAUGGAAUAUGUGGUGAUUAAUCUAGAACCAGUUACUUUCACUUUAGAAAAUAAUGCCUGUGUACCAGUACAUACAAAAGUAAGUAGAGUUGAGAAUCUUACAGCCUUUAGUAGUGAAUCAGUUAAGAAAGUGUCACCUGCUACAAAUAAUGGACAUACUCUGUCUUCAUUGGAAGAGACACAAACUGAAAGUGUUAGGGACAUUCCAUCUCUAGCAGUAUCAGGACAGAAAAGCACUAUGUACCUUUCUGCCUCUUCGGGAAAAAGAGAGACACCUGACGAAGAACAGCUUUCUUUACAGAAAGAGAUGCCUCUACCUAUCUCAUCACCAUCAUAUGAUAAAGCACUGAUAAUGGAGGCAUUAUCGUUAGUUAAACAUUCUAGUUAUCCAUCACCCAGUGAAGAAAUAAAACGCUCUCAAGAUGUCUGUCCACAGGCUCAAAAUCUCUUUAGCAUAUCUUCAGAAGAGAUAAUAGAGCCAUCACAGGUUGAAGAAGUCUUACCAUCAGCUUCUGCCUCUUUAGGAAAAAGGUAUUCCCAUGAUCCUGUCUCACCAAAAAGAAAUGUAUCUGAUGACUCUUUAGAACUAAAGAAUAACAAAAGUAGUUUAAGCUGUGAAAAUAUGAAUUUGGAAUCAUUUAGUUCAGUCUUUGCUGAACAAACCAAUUUGUCUAUGAAUGGGCAGGAGGUCAGCCUAGAGUUACAAGAAGAAAAUUCUGAUAUUGACCUGACUCUAACAAUAUCUCCACCUACAAGUCCCAGGGGGAAAGUGCCAGCUAAGGAAGCAGAGCAACUUCAGGAGGCUCCAGGAUCAAAUGUAGGACUUCAGGAUAUAGUUGAAAUAACUGAGCCAGAAGAGAUGACACUCAUAGAAAAAAGGGAAAUGAAUUCAGCCAGUGCAAUUUCAUCUUAUUCUACAGUGUCAAAAGAACCACUAGAAAACAAGGAGAGAAAAGGUGAUAGUAUACAAUCAAUUACUUUAAUACUUCCUAAACAAAAUUGUACCCUUGAGAUUGGGGAGAAAAUUAAUACUACUUCUGACUUUCCCUUUAAUUCUUUAAUUGAAGAAGUGUCACCAGCUUCUAGUCCUGAUCCCCUCAUACCAACUGAAGAAACUUGGUCCUCUCAGGCUGUCCCUCAAAGUAGUUUAAAACUUCAUGGUACACAGUGUGAAAAAAGUAACAAAUUCUCCCAGAUUGAGUCAGAAGAUUUAGCUGUAACAGAAAAAGAAAAUUCUUUUGUUGGUCCUAACCCCCUAGUGGGAGGAAAGAACUUAACUCAACUACCAAAGAGCCAGCUCUCUGCUCAAAUGCCUCUAAUAUUAACGAAUCAUCCAAGAACAAAAGAUAGACUAAUACUUCCUGAUAAAACAACUGAGGAAAUUGCUCCAAGUGAACACAGUGAAGGUUUGUCUUUCUCAGAUAAGGUACAGUGCCAUGACCCAGAGUUAAAUGACGCUGCCUUUGUUGCCAGUUACGGAAAUAACUUCAAGCCUUCUCUUGAAAAACAAGUAAAAUCAGGAAAUCCAUUGCAGCUGAUUAACAGAGAGAGUAAAAAUUUGAGCUUAAAACAUCUUGUCUCAGAGUCCAACCAACCCCCAUUUAGUUCUAGAAAGACUAUUGAAAAUAAGUCUUUGGUUGACACAUUGGUUUCUACAACUGCUCUAAGUGGAACAGUGGGUCUAUCAUUAAAAGAACAGGGCAGCCCUGAAAGCAUUAAAAGAAAUCUGUAUGAUAGUGACUUGAAAACAGAUGGUGGCAGUUGCAUUCAGGUUAAGUUUAUGAAUGCUCCCUCUGCUGAUGAAAUUGGUGCCAAGCAGGCACAUCUGCAUCCAGAGAUCCCAGAGUUUGGUUCUGCCUCAGAUAGUGGUGCAUUCACACAGUGUACGAGACCAGAAAGUAUAGGGCUAGGGUUUCAGACACAGGAGAUAUCAGUCAUCAGAAUGGCCAGUCUGCUUGGGAAUAGUAAAACUGAAAAUGAAUUACAUCAAAAAGAUACAGAUCUGGGUACCAUCAGCCUUCAGCCUAACUCCACAACUUUUACAGAAAGUGAACAAGAAACAGUCCACACACUGUCAGGUACAUCUGUAUGUGAAGUAAAAGAGCUGUCGAAAGAUGAGUUUUUGCCCUCUGAUGCAUGUUCUUACAAAAAUACCAUACACACCAGUGAAAGCAUCAGUGAAGAACCUUUUGCGGCCUGUGUUCCAGAAUCUGUUGAAAUUCUUACUUUUGGAGUUUCUAAAGAGCAUAUUGACAGGAAGAGCGCCAGCAAGAGGCACAAGGAUGACAUGGAUUCUGACGCCAUGGGCAGAAAUGUAGACAUGAGUAUGAAUCCUGACAUACGAUGUGAACUGCUUUCUGGAGAGUCUGAUGAAGACUCCCUUGAUGACUGUGGAAAUCCCAGAUUAGAUAUGGAGAAUUCUGGCAUUUUGAGAAGUUAUACUAGGAAGAAUGAACAUGCUACAGAAGAUGAUUAUGACUCUCUCAGCAGCUUAAACAACAGUGAUAAUGAAGCUCGUGACUAUUCUAAUGAAGUUCAAGGACUGGAGAUCAGCAGCACUCCCAGCAGCUGGGUCACUGGAUUAGAGAAAGCAGAUAAGUGUGUGCCACGUUAUGUCCAAAUCCGAGAUUUCCAUGGUAUCCCCAGGAAUUAUGAUAACUUUACCGUAACAAGAGAAUUCAAAGACAUGACAAGAACUUUGCAUAGAGUUAAAAGGUGCCCUAGUUUCACUAUAAACUGGGGCCUGCUCAGCUCCUGGACAAGCACUUGGCAAGUGACAGAUAACCCUACACAGAACACUUUAGAUCUGGAGUAUCUGCGUUUUACACAUAAGAUGAAACAAGUAGUGAAGAAGGAAGGCUCUCGACAACCUGACUUACCUCUGCAAAUUUCACUGCGAGAUUUCCCUUUGACAAAAAUGUCUGAGCCUCUAGUUCUACAUCCUACACCCAGGAGCAGAAGCCCCAUUCUAGUAACAGUUUUGCAUUCUGAUGCCAAUUUUUCCCAACAACAGAGUCAGUACAAGAGAAGCCGUAUACCCAGUGAUGUGGACAGUACCGCAUCAUUUUGUAAGGAAGGAUAUAGUCACAGUAGAAAUCUUACAAAUUCUCAGAGAAACCAGAAUGUUUCAUUCCAUCUAAACAAACUGAAAUACAACAGUACUUCAAAAGAAUCUCGGAAUGAUAUUUCACUUAUUCUUAAUGAAUAUGCUGAGUUUAAUAAGGUAAUAAUGAACAGCAACCAUGCUGAUUUGCAGAAUAAAGAGUUAAGUAGGGCUUCUGAAGAAGCCAUAUACCAAGAGAUGAAUCCAUCUUUCCGAAGACAGUCUGCCUCUUAUGAAGAUAUAGUUACAGACUUGUGUGCCAGUUUGCAUACCAAGCUAAAUAGUGUUCUGAAAAAGGCAUGUAAGAGUCCCUUCUUCUUCUACCUUGUUGAAACAGAAGACAAACUAUUCUUUUCAAGAACAAAGAGCAUUCUGAGGAAAGGAGGCCAUACAGAAACUGAACCUCAGCAUUUCUGUCAAGCUUUUCACAGAAUGCUUGAUACUCUAGUAGUCAUCAUCAGAAAUGAAGAUAUAUCAUCACAUUUGCAUGAGAUUCCUUCUCUGCUGAUGCUGAAGCACCUGCCUGGUGUCAUCUUUGCUGGUGUAGAUGACCCUGAAGAUGUUCUCAAUGACACACACCAAGAGCUGUUUCGCACAGGGGGCUUUGUGGUAUCAGAUGAUAGAAUACUAGAAACUAUUACAUUAGCUCAGCUAAAGGAAAUUGUCAAAAUCCUGGAAAAACUAAAUGGACAUGGAAGAUGGAAGUGGUUGCUUCACUACAGAGAAAAUAAAAAACUAAAGGAAGGUCUAAGAAUGGAUUCAGUUGCUCAUAAAAAGAACUUAAUAUUGAGAUCAUACCAGAGUGCAAAUAUCAUUGAAUUGCUUCCCUAUCACCACUGUGACUCUCAGUCACAAACAAAAGCAGACAGUUUAAAAUGUUUGAUAAACCUACAAAUUCAGCAUGUGGAUGCCAGAUUUGCUAUCUUUCUAACAGAUAAGCAUAUCUCCAGUGAAGUCUUUGGUAACAAUGGAAUCCUUGCUACAGAUAUAAAUCACUUCAUUGAGAACAUACAAAAAGUAGCAGCUCCAUUUAGAAGUAGCUAUUGGUGAUUUAGCUGGAACAUGCCUACAUGUGGAGGAUGCUCACCAACAACAGUAUUUUCCUCCGAUUUAAAAAAAAAAAAACCAACAGUCUCCUCGUAUUUGCAAACUCUGUGUGCUACAUCUUGAUGUUUUCCUUUAUUUUUAUAUUUUGCUGUAAUGCCUUUUAAAGUGACAGUUGCCAUUAGAUUUGGGUUUGCAGUGUUGAAUACUUUAUUUUUUUUUUCAAACAUUAUGUUUUCAGAGCUAUAAACUGAUCAAGAAUUUUGCAACAUAUUUAUUUAGUUGGAGCAGAAGUAUUUUGACACUUAGCUGUUUUUGCAUGUUAAUGUCAAAAAAGCAUUCAAAGUGCUUGUGUGGUGUUUUCAGUUUUACCACGCUAUAAAAAACUGCACUUUUAAAUGGUUUUGCUGUUAAACAAGCAACACUACAUACCUUUUUCUAAAUGAUACCCAUUUAUAAACUUUUCCACUUAGUUCUUAAUACUACACUACAAAAAAUCAACCACUUGAGAAUCAUUUAUUUAUGAUAUUAGAAGUAAUUUCUACAGCAAUCUUUAAAACAAAACUAUUUGUAAGAGAUGCAUAGUAUCUAUUUGGAGCAGUUUUUAU